CUUCACAGGAAAUGGAAGAAGAUUGAAUUAUUAUUAACGAGUAUAAUGACCUCCUGUAUCCACGUAACACUGAUACUACUUCCGCUUCUAGGACAGAUGUGUAGAGGUAACUUUCAGUACUGCCAAGAAGCUGUCGAAAGUGUAACAAGCGUUACAUCCUGUCCAACGUCUGAAGAAGAAUGGAAAAGCGCCGUCAGAAGAAAGAAUUGUACUGCAACCCAGCAAACGUGUUCAAAACCUGAAACGUUUUUAUAUCAUUGUGUAAUAAACGAAUAUGGAAAUAAAACUUUGGAAGUCUGUGCACCUCAGAGACUAAUGACAGGAUUCUGCACAGAGUUUAAUGUUGGUGGGGGAGUUAUUCAAAGUCAUGGUUUAUCUCCAUGCAACGAAACAGCAGUUCUUAGAUGUGCUAAUGUCUACUACUCUUCAGAAGCAUACAAGUAUCCUGAUUGUUAUAACAAGAAAAUAAUAACGAGUGCAACAUCAACGAUAUUUACAACAACAAUAACAUCCCAAAAUGAAACAACGACUAAAACUUUGGAGAACAGGACACAUUCUGAGAAGACCUGA